AUGUCGAUGGUUUUUUCGGAAGAGUGGGGCUAUCAAGAUGAUAUUUUUGCUAGAAAUAAUUCUAAUAUUAACGUAGAUACUUCCGAGAAUAUGAUUUCCACGGAGUACCUCAGCGGUAUACAUAGUAUCCUCCAGGCUCAUGCCGAUGACAACGACGUCCACAAGAAUUCCGUUCUUGAAAUAAAGUCCAAUGAAGCUGUUAUUGUGUUCAAUUCCUCAGUUAACACUACAGAGUCCGUGUUUAUCCCGGAACUGUUCUACAGACACUCUAUGGCCAUGACAACGGUCUACUGUGUAGCAUAUCUGUUGGUGUUUGCUCUUGGACUGGUUGGAAAUUUCUUUGUGAUCGCAGUGGUGUUUCGAUCGCCCAGAAUGAGAACUGUUACGAACUUUUUUAUCGUUAAUUUGGCAGUAGCUGAUAUUUUAGUAAUCGUCUUUUGCCUACCUGCAACACUGAUGUCCAAUAUUUUCGUUCGUGUAAAAAUAAUUUUUGGUUUAGUUAAAGUUUUUAAAGACACUUAG